AACGAGAACCACAGAAAGCGGAUAACUACCAAUGCAGAAGAGUCACAAACGCCCCCACACUCAGUGACAUCGAUCACCAAUCAGCAUUCACCACUUCAUCAGCAUUUUCCAUUAGACGAGACUUGAUUUCGAAACCAAAAUAGUUCAAAACCUUGAUUGCAAUCAUUCGAAAUAAACCAGUGCCCCCUUUUAUUAGUUUGGAAUUCAAAUGAAAGUAAAGCAUGGCGUUGCAAUGCAACUUGAUUAGUAACACGUUGAACCGUUUUCGCACAACACACUGUUGUUCACAACAGCAACAACGAGAAGAAGAACAAGGAAAUCCCUUGUUGGGGUCGUCUUCUUCUUCUUCGUCGCCAGCAGAGCAGUUUGCACCUUUGGCCAAUAGAUUUCAGCGCCGGCUUCUUGUCGGCGUGGGCUCAGCUUCACUUGUAGCUGUGGGUGCCAACUUCGCCGGAAUCACGAGCUUUCUGCUAGGUUUAUCGCCGGAGAAUGGCCGGAAUCUGAAGCUUGACGUGCUUUAUCCCGUUGGAGGUUACAGCCGUUGCCUUGACACAAGGGAAGGAUUUGAAUUUAUAUACCCAGCAAAUUGGGCUGGAGACCAGACUGUGCUGUACAGAGCCGCUAAGAAAAGAGAACUUGAACUGUCACUGGAUCCACCAGCAUUAAAUGCUACUCCAAAACGUUCCAACUUCAGUGAACCGGUUGUUGCAUUUGGUCCCCCAGGUUCCACUGGAGAACUCAAUGUCAGUGUUAUUGUUUCCCCGGUUGCCCAAGAUUUCUCAAUUGAAGCAUUUGGAGGGCCAGAGGAGGUUGGUGAAGCCGUGGUUAGGACCAUAACAGGAUCAGGGCAGCGCCCAGAAGUGAAGGGCACAUUGAUAAGAUCAAGUUUGAGAGAGGAUUCCCUCAGAAAUGCAAAAUAUUAUGAAAUCGAGUUCAGAGUGGAGAGUCCUUCGUUCCGGCGACACAAUGUUGCAGUCUGCUGCGCUCGCCAUGGCAAGCUAUUUACUUUGAAUGCUCAGGCACCUGAAUCAGUCUGGCCAAGAGUUAAGUCAGAUUUCUAUAGAAUUGUUGAUUCAUUCAGCCUCACAGCAUAAAGUCCAACAUUUUUUCUCCUUCAUACAAAUAUACCUUGAUAUUUGAUAAUGUAAACUAUAACUUUUUGUCCGUAACAUGUUAUUUUCUUCAAAAAGUAUUCUUAAUGCUUAAUUUCUU